AUGUGCGUCUUUGUCGUCUGCUCACGCUGCUGGGUUCCAGUUUUACACCUAGGCCUGUGCUUGUGUAUGGCUUCCGAAUACUGCUGCCUCCACCGCCACCCUGCGCCAUGUGCCUCUGUCGUCUGCUCACGCUGCUGACGGCUUCCGCUUUUUAAACUAGUCCUGUGUAUGUCUUCCGAAUACUGCUGCCUCCACCGCCACCCUGCGCCAUGUGCCACUUUCGGGUCUCCUCACACUGCUGCCAGGUCCAGAGUGUGUCAUGGGUCCCUGUACGGCCUCCCAUUGCUGCUGACUUCAUCGCCAGACUCUGCCAUGUGCCACUUUCAGGUCUCCUUACACUGUUGGUGGGUUCCAUUUUGUGAUAGGGUGCUG